GGGCGGGGCCGGAAGUUAGGUCAAAGAGCUGCCGUCGCGGCCCACGAUUUUUGGGCGGGCCGGCGCUCGGCAGUUCCUGCGUGGCUGCUCUGGGGCACUGAGGUUCCGCGCCUCUGCCGGUCGUCUGCGGACCCUCGAGGCGAGGUGCACGGUGACUCCUGUCCGCCCGUCCGCCCGCCCGGCCUGUCAUUACCGGCUGUCUGAUUUCCCCUGACCCCAAGUUCUGCCUUAACCAGUGUUUGGUUCCCUUGAGUCUGGAGCGUGACGGUGGAAGCUCCAGAGUCUUGGAUAUGGACCUUCUUCAGUUCCUGGCCUUCCUCUCUGUCCUACUACUGUCUGGGACAGGAGUCACAGACACCCUGAGGACCUCCCUGGACCCGAGCCUGGAGAUCUACAAGAAGAUGUUUGAGGUGAAGCGGCGGGAGCAGCUGUUGGCGCUGAAAAACCUAGCACAGCUGAACGAUGUCCACCAGCAGUACAAGAUCCUUGAUGUCAUGCUCAAGGGGCUCUUUAAGGUGCUGGAGGACUCCCGGACAGUGCUCACUGCUGCAGAUGUGCUCCCAGAUGGGCCCUUCCCCCAGGACGAGAAACUGAAGGAUGCUUUCUCCCAAGUGGUGGAGAACACGGCCUUCUUCGGUGAUGUGGUGCUGCGCUUCCCAAGAAUCGUGCACCACUGCUUUGACCACAACUCCAACUGGAACCUCCUCAUCCGCUGGGGCAUCAGCUUCUGCAACCAGUCGGGCGUCUUUGACCAGGGCCCCCACUCGCCCAUCCUCAGCCUGAUGGCCCAGGAGCUGGGAAUCAGCGAGAAAGACUCUGACUUCCAGAACCCAUUUAAAGUAGACCACACAGAGUUCAUCACCAGCACUGACCCUUUCCAGAAGGCCCUGAGAGGAGAGGAGAAACGCCGGAAGAAAGAGGAGAAGCGGAAAGAGAUCCGAAAAGGCCCUCGGAUCUCAAGAUCCCAGUCCGAGUUAUAGCCCUGGAGCAGCCCAGGGCUCAAGGGGCCAGGAGGAGGCCAGUCGGGAGGAAGAGGAGAAUGCACCGGUAUGACUGGUGGUGAGAGCUGGCCCCUGUGAGAGGGGAGGCCGAGUUUGCUCAGCCCCCUGGAGCCGGCUCUGAGCCCCAGCUGCAGGGACUGGGCCGCAGAGGGCUGCAUUUCUUCCCAGGGACCUCCCUGGAGGGGUGCCAAGGGAGCCUUCAGAGGGCGCUAUGCUGCAGACCUAACCCUGUAGAGACGCUGUGGGGAGCAGGAGGGAUCCUGGGCUGGACUCUCCCGCUGGGUUAGGACCGCUGGCCAGCUGGCUGCUGCCCUUCCUGGGGAGGCAGCAGAACUGGGCUCUGAGCCGUGUGUGGAGGUGUCAUGCCUGCUGCUGCUGGCCCCACUGUGUCACUGUGUUGCCUGGCACAGUUAUCCCCUGCAGAGACAAUAAAAGCCAGCAAAUGCUCUGGGCUAACAGGUUGGUUUGGGCCCCAGGGAGCUGUGAGCCUCUCCAUGGGGCAGGUGAGAGGGGCCUGGGUCGGGAGAUAGGGGGCCCUCAGAUGUAGAGACCACCUUAGAGGAUAUUCCUCCUCCUCAGAGGAGCCUCAAGUCCUGGCGGGGCAGCAAAGCAGGGGCUUGGCUUUGACCUCCAGUUCCCGUCUCAGCACUGUCAUGGACAAGGGAUCCGUGUUGAGAAGGGACCAGAAGUAUCCUGGGAGGGUGUUUAGCCCAAGACAGCCUUGGAGCAGCAUGAUCUCUGUCCUCAGAUAUCCAGGGACAGUCAUCGAGCAGGCUCGGGGAAGAAUCAACUUGUCCUCCCUGGCAGCUCAGGGAGACCGUAGCCUGCGGGUGGGGGCCCUUGGGGGACAGGCUGCAGCUCUGCAGGAGGCUGUGCUUUGUAAUGGUAGGGCUGCUCCGAGCUGGACUGAUCAGACAGCAAGCUCCCUGUGUCAGGAGGUGUGUAAGAAAAGCCCAGGGCCAUGGAGCAGGGAAGCUGCAGAGGGAGUUAGGCCCUGAGUGGGCAGCCGCCCUUGUCGUAUCCCUUCCAGGCAGAGAAGGGAGGGGCUCUGGGGGGAAUUCUAGCUCUGUCUCUUUGACUUUGCCAAGCCAGGGGAGAGACACACAACUAUCCCCAACCCUCUACCACUAACAGUGCCCAAGGGAGACCCAGAGUCUUAGCCCAUCAGACUUGCUGAGUGACCCUGUGCUGUGGCUUCAUUGGUGUAAUGAAUUUGAUAAUGUCUGAACCCUCUGCCCAGCCCUAAACUGCUUCUCUGAGGUUUGGGCCUGGCUUCUCAGUGACAAGAGCCCUUCUCUGAUGGUUCUUCGGUCGUCCCGUGGAUUUGCUGAGCACCCACUGUGUGCACAGCCAAAGAGAGGAGCCCAGUCUUAACUUGUGUUCACCUCUGUCCCAUUUAGCAUCUUUAUCCUCCUGGGUUCUUCCUUCUACACCUUCACUUCUCACCAUCUUGGUUGAUCCCUUCCUCUCCACCCUCCAGUGGGCCCAAGUUUUCCCAUCUGACACCUUCAAAGGUACAAACAGAACCACUCUGCUCUCCUCCCUGGGCAGCUCCAGCUGGGAGCUAUGGGAACAGCUGCAGGGUGGGAGGCACUGUGCCCAUUUACCUGACCUCCUGGUACUCAGGUAGCCCUCUGCAGAGGGUUACUGAGGCUCUGGGACGGGAAGGCAUUGGACCAAAGUGAAAGUGAGUCAUAUGAUAUGCCAGCAGACAGUCACCCCCCACUGUGGGGAGCCCUGUGAGAGCCACUGAAUGGUGGAGUUGCAGGUGGCACUGUCCAGCUCAGUGCCUCGUCCAGAGCAAGGCAGCAGGGUUUGGUUUUCUGUUUCAGGGUGAGACUGGUAUAAUCUAUACCAACACUCCUGCAUGUAAACAAAAGAACUUUCUUGUCUUUUUUCCCCCCAAAUAAGGUACUUUAUUUAUUAUGUUAUACAUGUUAAUUAUAAAAAGUAAUUUAAGUAAUACUGAAAUACCAAGAAGAAAGUAAAAUUCACCCUAAAUCCCACCAUUCCCAUAACCAUCACUGACACUCAGCUCUCGGGCCUUCCAUCCUUUCUGUCCUUCAUGUGACACACAGAUCACAUGUAACUUUUCAGUUACAGUAGCUACCUUGUAUGGGCACUGUGUGUCAGGACUUAUUCCAAGUGCUGGCUUGCAUCAGCUCCUUCUGCCUCGGGGCCUUUGUCCAUGUUGUGUGUUCCCCUAGCUAUGCCAGAUGCAGUUCUCUCCUCAUAAUUUUAGGUUUUGUCUUAAAUAUCAAUGUCUGUUUUCUUCACCAGACUGGAAGCUCUCAGAGGGCAGGAACUGUCUCUUUGCCUGCCACAGAAAUGUUCAAUAAAUAUUGUCAAAUGAG